CUAAAACGAAGAAGACGAAAUGAAGGCAGAGUGAAGACUGAAGAGUAAAGAAGAAAAGUCGAAGAAAGAUGCCGGCCGGACAUGGGGUACGAGCAAGGACAAGAGAUCUCUUCGCUCGGCCCUUCAGGAAGAAGGGAUACAUAGCCUUAUCAACGUAUUUGAAAACCUACAAGAUCGGAGACUACGUGGACGUCAAGGUGAAUGGUGCAGUGCACAAGGGCAUGCCCCAUAAGUUCUACCAUGGCCGCACUGGUCACGUCUGGAAUGUCACCAAGCGUUCUAUUGGUGUCGAAGUCAACAAACAGGUUGGGAAUAGAAUUAUAAGGAAGAGGAUUCAUGUGCGGGUGGAGCAUGUGCAACCUUCAAGAUGUAAGGAGGAGUUCAAGUUGAGGAAAAUCCGUAAUGAUGAGUUGAAGGCAGAGGCGAAAGCUGGAGGUGAGAAGAUCAGUACAAAGAGACAACCUCAAGGACCUAAGCCUGGUUUCAUGGUGGAAGGUGCUACCCUUGAGACAGUUACUCCUAUUCCAUACGAUGUCGUUAAUGAUCUCAAGGGUGGUUACUAGUUUAUUUUGUUGCUGGAAAGUAUCUCUAGGUGAAGGCUUUUCAUUUCUUUUCGA